UUGAAUGCAUCACGGAUAUAAAUACCUGGAUGUGAUUCUGUGAUAGCCCAGAAAACUCCAAUCUCCAGGUCCAACAGUGACAUUUUCUUUGAAUACCAAGUAUAAAUCCUUCACUUUUUCUAUUGAUGGCUGAGGUUAAAGGGAAAUGGGUCAAGCUUAACCAGAAUGGAACUGGUCCUGGAGCCAGAAGCUCACACGCCAUAACCAUUGUGGGACAAAAGGCGUAUGUCUUUGGAGGUGAGUUCACCCCAAGAGUCCCGGUUGACAACAAGCUCUAUGUAUUUGAUCUCAAUAACUUAACAUGGUCUGUUGCCGAUGUAACUGGUGAUGUGCCGCCUCCACGUGUUGGUGUCACAAUGGCCACUGUUAGUGAAACCAUCUAUGUAUUUGGUGGUAGGGAUUCUGCACACAAGGAGCUUGAUGAGUUAUAUUCUUUUGAUACUUGUACGAACAAGUGGGUCUUACUUUCUAACGGUGACAGUGGCCCGGCUCAUCGGAGCUACCACUCCAUGACAGCUGAUGACCGACAUGUUUAUGUCUUUGGAGGCUGUGGUGUUUCUGGCCGGCUUAACGAUCUAUGGGCUUACGAUGUUGCUUGCCAAAAAUGGAUCAAAUAUCCAACCCCGGGAGACAGUUGCAAGGGAAGAGGUGGCCCCGGACUGGCUGUCGUCCAAGGGAAAAUAUGGGUGGUUUAUGGCUUCUCUGGAGUGGAAAUGGAUGAUGUGCAUUGCUUUGAUCCAGUACAAGGACAAUGGUCCCAAGUCGUGACAAGUGGGGAGAAACCAACGGCCCGAAGUGUAUUUUCUACAGUUGGGAUUGGCAAAUGCAUAAUCAUAUACGGCGGGGAAGUGGAUCCUAGUGAUUUAGGUCACCUUGGUGCUGGGAAAUUUUCUGGAGAGGUAUACAGUUUGGACGCAGACACAUUGGUGUGGAAGAAGUGGGAGGAUGAGCGGGGUUUAGAAACUCAUCCCGGGCCUCGUGGAUGGUGUGCUUUUUCCAGCGGCGUAAGGGAUGGCCAACUUGGGCUUCUAGUUUACGGUGGCAACUCCCCUAGCAAUGAUAGGCUUGAUGACAUUUUCAUUUUUACGCCAUCCGUAGCAUAGCAAAGAAACUGAAAACUGAGCAGGGGUUAAUAGUGAUUCAGUAUUAGGAUUACAAAGAUAAUGUGUGGCUUUGUCUAGUAAGUAAUCUUGGAGUUGCUUUAUGUGCUUCAGUGCUUGGAUUGGUUAUUAUGUGCAAGUAUUUAGCAUCACUUUCUGCGGGUGCUGUUGCUGCUGUCUUGUGGUUGGAUUUGGAUGGCUGUGGUGCCUCGGCUGCUUCCAUUGGCUUGAACAACUCCCUCCCUAGGCAACAACAUCUUAUCUAUUUUGUACACAAUCAAACGGCUCUUCAUCCUUCACAGUCCCUGUAAUCUUUGCAGUCACGACCUUAGUCUUCAUCGUCAUUUAUCGUACUUGUUUGCUCCGACUGUUCAUAAUCCGCAAUAGCAAACGACAUCCUUUUUUCGUUUUAAACCUUAAUAUAAUGGAAAAUGCUAUAUCUACGGUUAUAACA